GGGCGGGCGGGCAGCGCGCGCUGGUCGGGAGCGCGCGUGGAGGCGGUCCGGGCUGCCUGGGUUUUUCUGUAAUCGCUUUUCUGCCGCUGAACCUCCAGUUAAAUAGCGAGGACACGGGAGCGAGCGGGCGGCCGUGUGAGGAUAUACUUUUUUCGGUACCUUGGGAUUAACGACGCGGAAUCGAAGCAUCGACGGCCGACCGCCAGGGCCCACGAUGUCCAGCGAAGUGCAGAGACCGGACGACAGCCCCAGCACGAGCGGGGGGAGCUCGGAUAUCGAACAAAGGGAAAUGGUACCGCCCGAGCAGGAGCGGGAGCAAGCACAGCCCAAAAAGAAGGAGACCAAGAUCUCCAGUAAAACCGCUGCUAAACUUUCAACCAGUGCCAAGAGGAUUCAGAAGGAGCUCGCAGAAAUAACACUAGAUCCACCUCCCAACUGCAGCGCCGGCCCCAAAGGGGACAACAUCUACGAGUGGAGGUCGACCAUCCUGGGACCCCCCGGCUCCGUCUACGAGGGAGGGGUCUUCUUCCUGGACAUCGCCUUCACACCAGACUACCCCUUCAAACCCCCCAAGGUCACGUUCCGCACCAGGAUCUAUCACUGCAACAUCAACAGUCAGGGGGUGAUCUGCCUGGACAUCCUGAAGGACAACUGGAGCCCCGCCCUCACCAUCUCCAAGGUGCUGCUGUCCAUCUGCUCCCUGCUCACAGACUGCAACCCAGGUUCCUUGUUGACUUGAAAGCUUCUUUUUUAUACAGAGAGUAGAUUGGGAUUUUUAUUUUCCAAUAUCUGAAUGUUGGAAGUAUUGUAUUAGAUAAAAAACACAGAAUAUUAUAAUUAUCAUACGCAUCGUCCUCCAGCUAUACAGUAUGUAUUCUCAUUUCCUUCGUGGCGCCCGGAACAAACACGCCGAACGUGCUUUCCGUUGCUCUCCUGGGUUCUGGUCAUGGGUUCUUCACCUGCAUGGAACGGGAAGGCCGGCUUCAGUGGAUUCUUCAUGCUUUUUAACUUCCUCUGAUUUUGUUUGUACUGUAUGUAUUUUUUCAAAGGCUUUUGAGGCAGACCACAAAAGUAUAGGUCUGCCUGUGAAAGAGGCAGGACUUGUGUAUUUACUGGCUACCCGCCACCCCUGCAAUUGCAGAGUGGUUUGUCGUGCACUUGUAUUUCUGAAGCACCCAAUAAAACACACUGUGGUUGGCUUGUGAGAAAAA